GAGACGGUGACAUUUGACCGUAAGUGCGGGUCCCAAGCCAGAAACGUGCCAGAGCGACUGUGACAACAUUGACUGGGCAUUUGUGGAUUGUGGACUAACACCAGCAACGCGCAUGGAUUUGGACUUGUUGCAUAUUUUACCAAGUUGGUGAUAAUUUGAAUUGAGCAGAUCCAGACAUUUUACGUUGAAUGUGGCGUAUUUGGAGAGAAAAUUUAACCUGUUUACUUUUGAAGACGUCUUGGAUAAUUUACACGGUAUAGGAACUUUGGGAACUUUACGCACGGAGAUUACGCACAAACCUUAAUAACAAAUGACAGCUCACUGGUGGUUUGUUGCCUUCUUACAUUGUUCCAUUUACUCCAAUAGUGCUGAUAGACCUCACCAGCCGCCUGUUCUGGUCAGACAAGGGGAGUGAAGGCCCCUGUGUCCCUCUGCCACCUGUCCAAAAUGUGUGGUGGAGGCAUAUCGAUGUCCCUCGCCAUAAUAGUGACUUUACUUUUGGUGAUUAUCAACGUAAAGGCCACCGGUGAGUACUGUCAUGGCUGGCUAGACCCUCAAGGAGUAUGGAAAGAAGGUUUUCAGUGUCCGGAGAAGAUAGAUGGAGCGGACGCGAUCAUCUGCUGUGGAAAAUGCGAGCUGCGCUACUGUUGCUCCAGCACGGACGCAAGGCUGGACCAGGGCAGCUGCGAAAACGACCGGCAAACUCAGGAACCCAACACCGACAAUAAAGACACCAAGGACUCGGGGGCAGUUCCCAUCUACGUACCCUUCCUUAUUGUGGGUUCAGUGUUUGUUGCAUUCAUCAUAGUGGGGUCCGUAGUGGCGGUGUGUUGCUGCCGCUGUCUCCGUCCCAAGCAGGAGCUGUCGUCAGGGGCGACCGGAGGCGGAGCCAGCGGGGGACGCCUGUUGGAGACCAUCCCCAUGAUGUCAAGCAGCAGCACAUCCAGAGGCUCUUCGUCCCGUCAGUCAAGUACAGCAACCUCGUCCAGCUCCUCUGUCCCAGCCACUGCCCCCCGCCCCGCGCCCCCUCCUCUCAUGAGGGCUCAGGCAUCCUGCUGUCUGCCCCCCGACGCCAGUGUCUUCGUUAACAUGCCCACCAACUUCUCUGUGCUGAACUGCCAACAGGCCACGCAGAUCAUGCCUCAUCAGGGACAGUUUUUACACCCGCAGUUUAUCGGCUACGCCCAUCCCGUAUCCCCUACCCCCACGUUCAUCGACUCACAGGGGGGGUACAGGCAGCUUCAGUCCCCCCUUCCUCCCCCCAAUAUGGGAUCCAGUGUUACCAGUGACCAAAAGUUCCCCCCAGUUACUGUGUGAGGGGCUACAGCUGUUCUGUGGUACACCUCUAACAUGAAGGACUUGUGUAUAAAGCCAUUAUGUGUGGAGCGGGACUAAACUCUUCUAAGCCUACAAUGUGCCUGUAACUAUGGACAAAUUCACUCUCUAUGCAUGGGAAAUACUGGGACAGAGUCUAAUACAGACUACAGCCCAAACAGUCCAAAAGUGUGAGUGCGUGAUGAUGUGGGAGUAUGAAAAAAAGAUUUGUUGGCUCAUGACUGUAGUGUGAGUGAUGACUGGAUGAUUUAUAGCUGUAAAUGUACUCAGAGUGAAUAUUCAAGCAGAAAAGUUAUGACCACAUGCUGUGCUAAUACCGUGUGCACAUCUGCACUUGUGAAUGCUCGUGAAGGGGUUUGUGUUUGACGAAUGAGGAACAAAAUCAUGCUAAAAUGUUUGUACUGUACAGGUCUGGAUGUGGAGACUUGGGCUGAAGUGGGGGGGUCUCCCUGUGAGUGGACUGUGUGUAAUGCAAAAUGCAGGUGGUGUGAUAUGAAAGGCAGUUGCCAUUUCCCCAAAGACCAUUUAAAGUCUAAUGAAGUGAGCACAGGACAUAGACUGUGACGCUCCACCCCAAAGCUCUCCAACCAAAAAGUUUAAAAAGUGUCCCACUACUCUGAAUGGAAACAUCAAACCAAAUGUUCAUGUAAGUGUUUGGAGGAAAUGUACCCACAAAGUGAGAGUGAGACACUGAGUGAGGAGACUGACUACCCCUAACCUUUGGUGCCAGGUGUGUGCACUCAUACAGUUGAGUGACUUAGCUGAGAGCAGACAGGGCACAUGAACCAACAUUUCUCACGAAAAUAUGAACAAAACAAAGCAUUCAGUAUUUAAGCCAUGUUCUAUAAUUUUAGGUAGCAAGGAUUUGUAACAAGACUGCAACUAAUCUUACGGUUACUCUGUAACAAUGUCCCAUUGAAACCUGGCAGUCUGUGUACCUCAUCUCUACCCUGAACACAUUGUCUGAGGCAGCUGUGAAUAGGAUAAGCAUUUCUGUAUAAUAUUGAGAACACCAUUUGGUCCAAUACCUUUUCCUGUUGCCAUGGAC